AUGAAGAUAGAGGAGCUUGUACUGGAUGGUUUCAAAUCUUAUGCCGUGAGAACUGUGAUCUCGUCUUGGGAUCCACAGUUCAAUGCGGUAACAGGAUUAAAUGGGUCUGGGAAAUCUAACAUCUUGGACGCAAUUUGCUUUGUUUUGGGGAUAUCCAGUAUGUCAACGAUCAGGGCAGCAAACUUACAGGACUUGAUUUACAAAAGAGGUCAGGCAGGAGUUACGAAAGCUUCGGUCACUAUCACCUUCGAUAACAGCGACAAAUCUAAAUCUCCAAUUGGUUUCGAACAAUAUCCUAAAAUAAGUAUAUCACGUCAAGUUAUGCUUGGAGGGGCUUCCAAAUAUCUUAUCAAUGGCCAUAAGGUUCAACAAUCACAAAUACUCAAUCUUUUUCAGUCAGUGCAACUUAAUAUCAACAAUCCUAACUUUUUGAUCAUGCAAGGGAAAAUCACGAAAAUGUUGAAUAUGAAACCAACUGAGAUCCUUGGACUAGUUGAGGAAGCUGCGGGGACGAAGAUGUACGAGGGACAGCGAGAAAAGGCGCAGCGAGUGAUGGCUAAAAAGAAUAUAAAGCUAGAAACUACCGAGAAUCUUCUUAGAGAAGAAGUGGAACCCAAGCUUAGACAUCUGCGGGAACAAAAACGUACCGUGAUGGAAUUUCAAGAUAUUAUUAUCGAGCUGGAAACCCUUUCCAAAGCAGUUGCGGCCCACGACUAUCAAAUCUUUCUUAGAAAAUUAGCAUCUCAAGAAGAAGUUGUUGAAAGAGAGAGAAGACAAUUGCAGCAACUAGAAUGUAGAGCUCAAACUCUAGAAAGCGAAAUCAGAACGUUGGAAGAGGAUCUGAAAGAUAUGCGUGCACGAAAGGAAAUCGAGAUACGUAAGGGAACGACCUUAAAGGAGCUUGAAACGAAGGAAACCGAGCUGACAAAUUUAAUGACUAGAACGUUGACAGCGAAAGACUUAAAAUUACAGAUUCUGGAGGAGGAAAACACCAAGUUCAAGAAUUUAUGUUUGAAGAUGGACAACCAAAAAGAAAUACAAAACAGUACCGAAGAAGCGUACAAGAUCGCUGAAGUGGAAUUUAAUAGUCGAAAAACCAACUUGGAGAAUCUCAUUGAGCAAAUGAAGCAAAGAGAGGAGCUCCUAUCCACGCUCUCGACCGGUCUAUCUUCAAAAGGUUCAACCGAUGGAGGAUUUCUGGCUCAGCUGCAGAAGAGUAAACAGAAGUUGUCCAGGAUCACUGUGGAGAAAGAGAAAACACGUUAUAGAAUUGACCAUUUGAAGAAAGACUUAUCCUCGAAGAGAAAUAAAAUUAGCUCCGCUAAGGAUGAAGUUGAUUCCCUUAAUCAAAAAAUAAAACUGAAGGACGACCUUUGUACAAAAAUGUCUGUCGAUCUUGAGAGAAUUGGCUUUUUUCCUGAAAAACUCAAGAACCUGAAAGAUCAAGAGAAAGCAUUGAGCCACGAACUAUACAGGCUUCGGCACAGAAUCUCUGAAGUCCACCGUGCUCAUCCUAACUUGCUCUUUGACUUUGAUGCUAUCAAUGCGGGCCUAGAUCCUACCUCCGUCAAGGGGUUAGUCGGAGAACUUUUCACGAUUAGCGAAUUGAACAGGAAAUCUACAACGGCUAUCGAAGUUUGCGCUGGUGGGAAAUUGUACAAUGUUGUUGUUGACACAGAGAAGUCGGGCUCCAAAUUAUUGGAUAUGGGGAACCUGAGAAGACGAGUCACAAUAAUUCCACUCAAUAAAAUAACUUCAAAGGCCAUAAGUGACACCCAAUUGAACGCCGCAAAAUCCUUAGCCCCAGGAAAAGUCGAGCUUGCACUGGAUUUGAUUGAACACGAUCCUGAGUACAGCCCAGCGAUGCAGUUUAUUUUUGGCAACCGCUUGAUUUGCGAUGACCCUGAUACAGCAAAAAAGAUUACCUUCGAUCCAAAGGUGAGGACUGCGUCUAUUACAUUGGAUGGCGACCUAUAUGAUCCUGAGGGCAGGCUCUCUGGUGGCUCAAGGCAAAACAACUCUUCUGUUCUUCCUGCAUUUGCAGAGCUCAGAGAUUUAAGAGAACAAGAACAUCAUCUCCUUUCUGACUUACGAGAAACACAGACGGAAAUUCAGAAACAGGAAACUCUGAGCAAAGAAACUGAGUCACUUCAGCGUAACCUCAAGAUGGAAUCCUAUCAAAAGAGCAUUUUAUUGAAGCAACGUGAGCAUUCUGAGGCGGCUAUAUUGUUACAAAGGGUGAAACACGAUGAGACUGAAAUAAGCGAGCUUGAAAAGCUUAUGAGAGAUCUCGAAGAUGAGAGUAUUAGAGCUCAAGGAGAAAUCGAGUCUCUUCAAAACGAUAUGAGAGAUUUUGAUAAGGACGGGCAAGGCAAGCUUGUCGAACUUCAGCAAGAAAUCAAUGAGCUUGCUGCUCUCAUUAAAACGGAAAAGAUGCAAAUGAAAUUGUCUCAAAAGGCAUUUCAGCAGCAUCAGAUUGGUCAAGACGAAGUCCAAUCUGAUCUUCGUGUCCUUGAGAAGCAAAUUGAGGAUUCAAGGACAGCCAUCACACUAUUGAAAAGUGAAAUUGAGAAAUGUGAAGAAGAACAUGUCCAUUUAAUUGCGGAGGUUGCAGAGAUCAGGAAUUUGAUCACUCAAGAGAAGUCGACUAUGGUAGGAAUAAAUGACGAGCUGCAAGAUAUGACGCAAACCCUGAAUCAAAAACGUGAGGAGUAUAAUGAUGUGGAUCUGAAUUUAAGGAAGCAAAGGGAUACAUUGACCUCUCAUGAGAAUCUCUACAGUUCACUCAAAGAAAAGGUAAAUCAAAUUAUUACAGAACAAGAAUGGGUCUCAGAUCGCAAGCUACUCAAUCAGGUUUUGGAACAGUACCCUAACAUCAAUUUGGAUCACUGUCACAGACGUAUUGAACAGUUGAAAAGUCGCUCCUCGUCAAUGAAGAAGAAAGGGGUCAACAGCAAUAUUAUGGCGCAGAUAGAACAGCAUGAGAGGCAGGAGAAUUCACUGAGAUUUAAAAUAAGGCAGAUCAAUAAGGAUAAGGCCAAAAUAGAAGAAACGGUCCGAAAACUUGAUGAUUACAAGAGAACGGAGCUUCUCAAAACGUAUAAAAAAGUGUCUGAUGAUUUUGGGCAAAUAUUUGGAGAUCUUUUGCCACAGGCCUACGCUAAGCUUGUCCCGACUGAUCCGAAUGAUGUAACUAGGGGACUGGAAGUACGGGUUAAGCUAGGCAACGUUUGGAAAGAGUCAUUAGUUGAACUGUCAGGUGGUCAGCGCUCCCUAGUCGCUUUAGCUUUGAUUAUGUCUUUCCUUCAAUUCAAACCGGCUCCGAUGUAUAUUCUGGAUGAGGUUGAUGCUGCUCUCGAUUUGAGUCACACUCAGAACAUUGGCCAUCUGAUUAAGACAAGGUUCAAGGGGUCUCAAUUCAUUGUGGUUUCAUUGAAGGAGGGCAUGUUUACCAACGCAAAUAGGUUAUUCAGGGUCAGAUUUCAAGAAGGAACUUCUGUGGUUACUGCGAGUUAG